AGUUCCCCAUUAACUUUACAUGUGGAAUAUUUAAACAAUGCAACCGAAUGCCUAGAAUUACAACAAUAUUCAACAUUCUAAAAGUUGACCAAACUCUCGAAUGACUCUGCAGUCGAAAUGCGUUCGUCCAUCCUGUAUUCUAUUCCUUCUACACCGCGUCAUGGUGAAGUCAGAUUAUUCCAUAUAAGGAGGUGAGGUUUGGAGAAUUGAUCGGGCCACAUCAAGAAAAGCACUCAUACGUUGUAGUGAACUAGUGCAGAGUAGACUCUCGACAAGGAUACAGAGACAGUAGGCUAUCACCUGAACUAUCAUAAACCGUAUUAAGAGAUAUCAUUUACACUCCUGUUUAUUAAAAUGGACUGCGCUUUUGAACACUUGGAUGCUGUUGGUUUUCUGGAGAUUUGGCAACACUUUGAUGCAGACGAUAAUGGUUACAUUGAGGGGAAAGAGUUGGAUCACUUCUUCCGUCACAUGAUGACGAAAUUAGGUCCGGAGGAUAAAGUAACAGAGGAGAGGGUCCAGAGGCUGAAGCAGAGGUUCAUGUCAGCCUAUGACGUCACCGCAGACGGACGCCUGCAGAUCCAGGAGUUGGCCGUGAUGAUCCUUCCACAGGAGGAGAACUUCCUCCUGGUGUUCCGCAGGGAAGCCCCUCUGGACAACAGUGUAGACUUUAUGAAGAUCUGGAGAAAGUAUGAUGCUGACAGCAGUGGAUACAUAUCAGCUGUGGAGCUGAAGGGUUUCCUGAAGGACUUGUUCCAGAAGCACGGGAAGGCUGUGUCCUCCAGCAAACUGGACGAGUACACAGACGCAAUGAUGAAGAUUUUUGACAAAAAUAAGGACGGUCGCUUGGAUCUGAACGAUUUGUCCAGGAUCUUGGCUCUAGAAGAGAAUUUCAUGCUACAGUUCAAAAUGGAUGCCUCCAGUCAAGAAGACAGGAAGAGAGACUUUGACAAAAUAUUCAACCACUAUGAUGUUAGUAACACCGGAGCUUUGGAAGGACCAGAGGUGGAUGGCUUUGUAAAAGACAUGAUGGAACUGGUCAGGCCCAGCAUCACUGGUCCAGAGCUGGACAAACUGAGGGCUGUGCUGCUGGGACACUGUGACGUCAACAAAGAUGGAAAGAUCCAGAGGAAUGAGCUAGCGCUGUGCCUGGGAAUGAAGCCCAAUAAGGCCUAGUCUUCCCCGUGCAGAGAAGACCUCUAACUACUGAUCCUUCCCUUCACUCUGAUGCAUCCAGAACACCCAGAACGGACCCUUCCCAUCACUCUGAUGCAUCCAGAACACCCAGAAUGGACCCUUCCCAUCACUCUGAUGCAUCCAGAACACCCAGAACAGAUCCUUCCCUUCACUGUGAUGCAUCCAGAACACAAAGAACGGAUCCUUCCCUUCACUGUGAUGCAUCCAGAACACCCAAAGAAGACAACAGCUGCCAGUGUUUUAGCAUGUUGUAGAACAAGCACUGUUCUGAAUGAUAUUUGUCUUUCUUGUGAUAGAUUCAAGAUAAGACAGAAUAAUACAGGUAGCCUACUGGUAAAUUAAUACAGAAUAAUACAGGUAGCCUACUGGUAAAUGAAUACAGAAUAAUACAGGUAGCCUACUGGUAAAUUAAUACAGAAUAAUACAGGUAGCCUACUGGUAAAUGAAUACAGAAUAAUACAGGUAGCCUACUGGUAAAUUAAUACAGAAUAAUACAGGUAGCCUACUGGUAAAUGAAUACAGAAUAAUACAGGUAGCCUACUGGUAAAUUAAUACAGGUAGCCUACUGGUAAAUUAAUACAGAAUAAUACAGGUAGCCUACUGGUAAAUGAAUACAGAAUAAUACAGGUAGCCUACUGGUAAAUUAAUACAGAAUAAUACAGGUAGCCUACUGGUAAAUGAAUACAGAAUAAUACAGGUAGCCUACUGGUAAAUUAAUACAGGUAGCCUACUGGUAAAUUAAUACAGAAUAAUACAGGUAGCCUACUGGUAAAUUAAUACAGAAUAAUACAGGUGGCCUACUGGUAAAUUAAUACAGAAUAAUACAGGUAGUCUACUGGUAAAUUAAUACAGAAUAAUACAGGUAGCCUACUGGUAAAUUAAUACAGAAUAAUACAGGUAGCCUACUGGUAAAUUAAUACAGAAUAAUACAGGUGGCCUACUGGUAAAUUAAUACAGAAUAAUACAGGUAGCCUACUGGUAAAUUAAUACAGAAUAAUACAGGUGGCCUACUGGUAAAUUAAUACAGAAUAAUACAGGUAGCCUACUGGUAAAUUAAAGUGUAUCUAUUUGAAAAAGCAGGAGAGGUCUCAAUGUUCAAGACUGUGUUGUGAAUGAUGCUUAUAUUUUUCUUGUUGUGUUUUGUUGGCCUGGGCAUAGCUGGCUAUUGGACAAUUUGCAUGUAAAUGUAGUACUGUAUUGUACAUUAGGUGAGUUGCUGUUUUUAAUAUUAUAUGAUGAUGUUUAACAAUGAUAAUUAAAUCAAGAAUAGUGGCA